AUGGAGCCGGGCAGCGUGGAGAACCUGUCCAUCGUGUACCGGAGCCACGACUUCCUGGUGGUGAACAAGCACUGGGACCUUCGCAUUGACAGCAAGACGUGGCGGGAGACCCUGACCCUGCAGAAGCAGCUGCGGCACCGCUUCCCGGAGCUGGCGGACCCCGGCACCUGCUAUGGAUUCAGGUUCUGCCACCAGCUGGAUUUCUCCACCAGCGGGGCGCUGUGCGUGGCCCUGAACAAGGCAGCCGCCGGCAGCGCAUACAGGAGCUUCAAGGAGCGGCGCGUGACCAAGGCUUAUCUGGCACUGCUUCGGGGGCACAUCCAAGAGAGCCGGGUGACCAUCAGCCACGCCAUCGGCAGGAACAGCACAGAAGGCCGGGCCCACACCAUGUGCAUCGAGGGCACGCAGGGUUGUGAGAACCCCAAGCCAAGCCUGACAGAGCUGGUGGUUCUGGAGCACGGGCUGUACGCAGGCGAUCCCGUCUCCAAAGUCCUGCUGAAGCCUCUCACAGGUCGGACGCACCAACUGCGUGUGCACUGCAGUGCUCUGGGCCACCCCGUGGUGGGCGACCUGACCUACGGAGAGCCCUCGGGCCGGGAGGACCGGCCGUUCCGAAUGAUGCUGCACGCCCUCUACCUCCGCAUUCCCACGGACGGCGAGUGCGUGGAGGCCUGCACGCCCGACCCAUUCCUGCCCUCCCUGGACGCCUGCUGGAGCCCCCACACCCUGCUGCAGCCGCUGGACCAGCUGGUGCAGGCCUUACGGGCCACCCCUGACCCUGACUCUAAGGAUGGGACCCCCAGGCCGGGCAGCCCCUCCGUGCUCCUGCCUGGGCCUGGCCGGCCCCCACCACCCCCGACCAAGCCCCCCGAGACCGAGACACAGCGAGCCUCCUGCCUACAGUGGCUGUCGGAGUGGACGUUGGAGCCGGACAGCUGAGAGCCGUGGGGCUGGGGUGGGGGCGGGGAAUGGGCCAGCAAGCAUGUGGUCACUGGCUCUGAAGCCUGGAGGUGCCAAGGAAUUCAGGCCCACUGAGCCUACGAGGCCAGGCCUGCGGGGAAGGACUGAGGAGGGGCCAGCAGGGGGCGCCAGGCAUCCCUGGUCACCAGCAAAGAUAGGGCACUGAGACCAUGGGGCUGAUGGGGAAUCUGAGGGCCUCCCUCCCCACAUGCCCGGGAGAAACCCCAAGCCUGCUCCCACCUCCUGGAACAGCUUCCAGCUCCCAAGCUUCACCCCCAGGGCAUCUGUUUUGUGGACUCAAGGUCACCACCAGUAGAGGAAGUGCCAGGUUUUGGGCUAGCCUUUGCCUCCAGGAGGGGCCCAGUCAGCUACUGGCCCCAACCUACCCACUGGAGCAGCUGGGAAGGGCUGUUCUGGUCUCACCUGGCCUGGGAGACCCUGCAUCCUGAAGGCACUGCCCCUCACCGCUCUGUGCAGAACCUCGCCCUCAGCCGCCGCCUCCUGAAACCCAAUGCUCCCCGCUGGGCUGGGGUCUGCAGGCCACGUGCCUUGGCCUGACUGUACCCACGGCCUCCCCUCCUCCGCCCAGAGUCUGAGCUUGGUGCACAGGGGCCAUGGCCGAGGCCCUGCCGAACACACCUGUCCUUGUAUCCACCGUGAGCACCGCCCCUGCUGCAGGGUCUCCCAGGCCCCAGCUACAGUCCCUGCCAUGUCACCACCUGCCUGGCUCCCGCACAGCCGGGCGUUGCCACUCUGUCUCCGUGGGCCUGCCAGGUCCCACCUUCUCUGUACCCCAUGCUCAGCCCUGGCCCCUGGCUGCAGUGGGGUUCCAGGAACUCCAAAUAAAUGCUCAGUGACUGGC